AUGGGUAUUUAGGGCUGUGUCGCGCCAUAGUUGCUUCAUUCACGUUUCAGUGCUUAACCACAACGCACCUCUUGCUUAUCUUUUUAAUAUUAGUUAUUAAAAAUGCCAAAAAGAAAGAAUUCAGACAACGAUCUAGAUAAUAUAUCCAAAAAGUUAAAAAAAUUAGAGAAAAAAUUAAAGCGUGCGCGGCGUCACCGCAAUAGUGAUAAUAGUGAUAAAAGUUCACCUCACUCAAUAUCCUCCCCGGAUGCACAAACAUGUAAGUACAGACAUAAUUUCAUAUUUGCAGUUCGGGAUUUUUUGGACAACUCGAGCUCACCUAAAUUAGACACGACGCCUCCCCAGUCUAAGAAUCUAGAAGAGAUAACUCCAAUUUUAUUGUGCGAGACAAAUCAAACGGGGGAUCUUGCAGCUAUGCCACCGGCUGAAAUUGAAAUCGCCACUCACAACGAGGAAGACAAUGUUGCUGAAAGCGGUGCACUUGACAGCAUUGCUUUAGACAUUUUGGGUGAAGACCCAACAUCGAUAACAGAGUAUGGCAGCGAUAUUCACAAAGAACUUGCAAAUAGGCUUGAACACAUUGCGACUGAUGGGCUAACGAAAGAGACCCGUAAAGAACUGUGCAGUAAAUAUCUAGUACCAGCAAACAGUAAAAAAAUCGGCGCACCCCUAGUAAACGCUGAAAUAAAAGCUGCAUUAUCGGAAGCCACAAUAAAACGCGACAAGGGGAUAGAAACUCGACAGAAACAGUUGGCUGCAGCUAUAUCGGGAUUAUCUGGCAUACUCAAUCAAGAACUAAAUUCCAAAGAUAAAGACAGCUCGCGCCUUAAAAUUAUAAUGGACGUUACCCGCAUUUUAUGCGAUAUCCAACAUGCAGAAUCUGUCACUCGACGCUAUCUCGCAAUGGGAACUAUAAAGAAAGAUUUACGAGAACAUUUAACCAACACUAAAAUAGACAAAUACCUUUUUGGCGAAAAUCUCAGCGAAACGCUCAAAACCGCUAAACUAGUCACUAAAUCAGGGACAGAUCUAAAGAUUAAAAGUCAACCUAGACCCAAGCCACAAAAUCCUACCGGGAAUUUAAACUACAGAGCUCCGGUCCCAGUUCGCAGGCAACAACAGGGACCACAACGGAGCCGCGGACCUGCCUCUCGUAUGACGACGUCUCAACCGAACAGAUACUCACAGAAUCCGACGCACUCCAACUUGUCGAAACCAUCGCAACAUCCGCAGAAACCUGCGGGUCGUCGCUAGAUUCGGUAAAGUAUGCUGGUCGACUCUCAUCGUUUUAUAAGCAAUGGGCACACAUCACCAAUGACCACACUAUACUGUCAUGGGUAAAUGGGUAUAAAAUAAGGUUUUCAAAUCCCCCCGUCCAGAAAUAUGAACCCAAACCCCAUCAAUAUACCGACACGGAAAAAAAUCACUUUAAUGCAGCUAUAACAGACCUCAUUAAUAUGGGUGCUAUUAGUAAGUGUUCUCCCGAUAGAAAUCAAUUUCUUUCUACAGUGUUUCUACGGCCUAAGCCCAACGGAAAAUUUAGAUUUAUUUUGAAUUUAAAAAGCCUAAAUAAAUUUAUUAAAACCGAUCACUUUAAACUUGAAGAUUUACGCACUGCUGUUAAAUUAGUUACAAAAAAUUGUUUUAUGGCAACAUUAGAUUUAAAAGACGCAUACUUUUUAAUUAAAAUACAUACCGAGUCUAGGAAAUAUCUAAGAUUCUCAUGGGAAGGAAAAAUAUAUGAAUUUAAUGUUUUACCCUUUGGGUUAAAUACUGCUCCAUACAUUUUUACAAAAAUUAUGAAACCAGUUGUUAAACUCCUCCGCAUGUGUGGACUCCUGUCCACAAUUUAUCUCGAUGACCUAUUUCUAUUAGGACAUACAUAUGAAGUCUGUAAAUGCAACAUUUCAAUCUCUAAAAAAUUAUUAGAAAGUUUAGGCUUUAUCAUUAAUGACGAAAAAAGUACCCCAUCACCUGCAACAACAUGCAGA